UUCGAUUUUCGGUCAACAACGACUCGUCUCAGCCGCACAAGGGCCAGGUCGGGCACAUCGACGACUCGUCUCAGCCGCACGAGAGUUGGGUUCGGUCUGCCGCUACCGGAAACUGGAGUUCCUCAACUGCCGGAGCUCGUCUCAGCCGCUAGGCAUGGAUACUUCUGGCCAGGGGUGCUGUCUCGUCGGAAAGUGCUUGCUCUCGGUCACUCUACUCUGCUGCUGCCGCGGACUCCACUCCAAUUGUCGGAAAACUGGUGCCAGCCUCGUUGCUGGUGGCACUCGAUUCGCUGGAUACCUCGUCGUCGGCCGGGUCUGCUGCUCUC